AUGGACGGAAGUAGGAAUGAACAUUAUGGAUAUUUCGAACAAAAGCCUUCAAAAUGGGACAUUAUAGAAUUUUUAGAGCAAUGCGACCUUGAGCCGUACGGCAAAAAAGUGGAUCGAUACAUUAGGUGCCUCAGAUGUAUUGCUUGUGGUGAGCAAAAAAAGAGAAAAGAAAAGGCAGAAGAGCUUCUCAGAAGAUACAGUAAAGGAAAUAAACCUGACCAACAACGCGUCAAGGAUUGGGAAAAAACAUGUAAAUCAAGUAAAAUAAGCGGUGGUUCCUCGAUUCAUAUACACAACAUCCACAAUUCGACAUUAUCAGGAAACUCUCUUACCAUUGCUGGGAACACUUCAACUACUAAACGCAAGCGAGAGGGCCUUAGAGAGAGUAAGGUAGUAUCUUAUGCCGAAAGCUCAACAGAUACAGAUACAAGUUUCGAUUCCAAUUGUGAGGAGUCCAGGAGUGUUAAAAGACAAUCAAACCGAUUUGAUAUUAAAGAGUCCACCACUUAUAAUUACGAAGUAGAAAGUGAUUAUGAUUUCUCGAAUUUUGAGCUUGCUUACCGAGCUCUUGACCCCUCAAAAAUGUGGGUUCUCAAUUCAUCUGGGCGUGUCGUCGAAAAAGUUAUAUACGAUCACGCACGAGAAUUAGAAUACGAUUCUUACUUACACUCUUUCAUUAUAAACGAUGCUGAUAUGGAGGCAAAAAAACUGUUUAACAAAAAUGAGUGGAACGAAAUAUUUUCCUCUAAUCCAAAACAAGUACCAAAAAUCGACGAAAAAAUUGUGAAUCUCUUGAAAAAAUACAAUGUAGACAAUUUACCUACCCUUCAAAAAGUUAUUUUUGAGCCCCUUUUUUCUGAUAAUGCUCCUUAUUCAACAGAUUUGGAUUAUAUUAACCUUGCGUAUAGGUCAAUGUAUUCUCUAUGGAGAGGAGAAGACGAUUUUACUUCAGCUUCAAAACUAGAAGGGUGGUUCGAAAUGAACAUCUGGGCUCAUUUAGUUGAUCCCGCUUUUCGUGAGAUGGAAACUGAUUUGGUGCGAGGAGAAGGAAUGUGUUUAUCGUCAAGUGAUAGAAAAAAUACUGAUAGAUUACGCAACAAGCGCCUUGAAUUUGGCGCAAUUGAAGCUGGAAGAAACUGGGAGGGGACAAAGGGAACCAAACUCUUAACGAAUUCCUUAAAAAUGUCCAAGAUGCUUAAAGAUAUGAUUAAUGUACUUGCAACAGAAUGCAAUAUGAAAGAAGAUGUUUUAAGAAAGUUACAAAUAGCUGGGAUUCUCCAAGGAGCGAAUAUGAUGCAAGUAAUUACCGUAGAUCUUCCGAUGGGAUACGUUACUUGCAUCCAUCGUCGAAAAUUUUAUGAAGUUCCUGGUCGUUUAAACAAAUAUCAACCACUUGGAUUCAUUAUAAUGGAGGUUUUAUUCGUAAAAUCUGUAAUUAAGCAAACACUUAACUUGAUUAAUGAGUCAAAAGUAGAUUUUGAACAUUUUCUUAAUAACUAUUACGAAAAUGACGGGUCCCAGACACCCCCUCAAAAUAUUGUAUCCCUUACAUCAUCAACUCAUAUAACUCCUGAAAAAAAGAUGAGUUCGAGAUCUUCAAGAUAUUAUUCAACGAUAGUUAUAGUGGGAUGA